AUGCGCCCCGGGUUGCAUAAACCGGGCGCGCUGCCACUCCUGGUCCUGAUCAUCUUCUCCCUCCUCGCGCUGGUGCCUUCACUGCCAAGUAUCUACAGCUUAAAGCUUGCCGAUUUCACAUACUAUAUUGGCGGAGCGCAAAUCCCUCUCAUCCAGGAUAAUGUCGCCGAGCUUUCUUCCGACACACACCCAAGCGAUCGCUCCCCAUGGAUCCUGGCCGCACCGUCUCGACCGCGUCUAAGCCGUUUCUCACGGUCCCCGCGACUUGCCAACGGCGCGCCGACCAUCUCCAGCGAUCCACCCUCCGUCCAGAACAACAGAAGCCGCGCUUCGUACCCCGCCGAAUCAACAUUUCUCUUCAGCCGGCGCGCUCGCGCCUUUCGCACAUACUUCAUCAAACAAUUAGACGACUACCAAUUUCUCACCCCCUUCUCCACCCGCAGCGUGUUAACCGGAGCUACAUCCGGUCCCGAUCCUACCCUUAGCCCUAAUCUCUCCCCUCUCCCGGCCUCAAUUGAAGACUCGGACUCAAGUCCCACCACCGCCACCGCACCGCCCCCAUUGCAUAAUGCUUCCAUCCCUCCAACUACCUUCACGCCCCCUCCCAACUCGGACACCGGUCCGCAGCUUCCAAUCGGCAGCGUGUGGCAGCAGGUCUGCCAGACAGCUAGUGGUCUUUGGAAGCUUGCAAGCGAGUCUUCGAAUCCCAAGCUCCAGGAUUUGAUUCCAUGGAGAAAGAAUCACCCUCAAUCAUCCUCAGACAUACUCACGCCCACGUCGUUAGGCAGAUAUCAAAAUGACACGCCGUCCGAAGCUGAAGAAUGCUCUGGCUUGUCGGCGCUGAACAAAACUCUCCCCCCUUCAAUUGACCAGUCCACCGACGCUGCUGGCCGGCAUUCAUCGGAGCUGCAAGGAAGCUGCAUGGCAGUGGUGAUCGGCCUGGUAGCCGGAAUAAUGUGGUUCUAA